AUGAGGAAAUAUGCAUCCAAACAAUACAGAAGGCAAUAUGAGACAGGGAACCACCGGCAUCAAAACAAUACAGAAGGCAGUAUGAGGCAAGGAACCAGGCAUCAAAACAAUACAGAAGGUAGUAUGAGACAGGGAACCAGGCAUCCAAACAAUACAGAAGGCAGUAUGAGACAGGGAACCAGGCAUCAAAACAAUACAGAAGGCAGUAUGAGGCAAGGAACCAGGCCUCCAAACAAUACAGAAGGCAGUAUGAGACAGGGAACCAGGCAUCAAAACAAUACAGAAGGCAGUAUGAGGCAAGGAAUCAGGCAUCAAAACAAUAAAGAAGGCAGUAUGAGACAGGGAACCAGGCAUCUAAACAAUACAGAAGGCAAUAUAAGGCAAGGAACCAGGCAUCAAAACAAUACAGAAGGCAAUAUGAGGCAAGGAACCAGGCCUCCAAACAAUACAGAAGGCAGUAUGAGACAGGGAACCAGGCAUCAAAACAAUACAGAAGGCAGUAUGAGGCAAGGAAUCAGGCAUCAAAACAAUAAAGAAGGCAGUAUGAGACAGGGAACCAGGCAUCUAAACAAUACAGAAGGCAAUAUAAGGCAAGGAACCAGGCAUCAAAACAAUACAGAAGGCAAUAUGAGGCAAGGAACCAGGCAUCCAAACAAUACAGAAGGCAGUAUGAGACAGGGAACCAGGCAUCCAAACAAUACAGAAGGCAGUAUGAGGCAAUGA